AACUGAUGUAUGAUUACCGAAAAUCUACCUUGACCGUGGUCGGCUCUGAAACACUCUUGUUAAGAUUAGCCGCCGAUACUUCUGUCAGGAGCUAGGGUUUCUCUUUGUCUUCAACCUCCAUGGAGAAACCAGAGUUAGCAUCUUCAAAUCAAAGAAGUAAACGCAAAUCUCCCCCAUCUCCAAAUCCAGCACCUUGGCUAGUAAUCCCAUAUGGAAAAGGUGAGAAAUUUCAAGCUUUUUACAAUAUUUCUGAACCAAACGACACAAGCUGUAGAAAAUUCAUACCAGAAUUGAAAGGGAAAUCUUCUUGGCAGAAGAAUUCUCAUCAAGGUUGGUCAAUUAUACUUUGUGAUGAUGAUGAAUUUGAUUACACACCAUGGAAGUAUGGGGAUUGCUUUUUGUGGAAUCCAUUGUCAAUGGAGACUAUCAAUUUACCUUCUUUUCUGUAUUGGUAUACAUUAGAUGGAUAUUCUUUUAAUGAUUGUGUGUUGUCUUCACCUCUUAAGACUGAUGAUGAUGCUGGGAAUGGAAAUUCCAUGGUUUUUAUGCUCUUUGGUGGAGAAAAAGUUGGGAAGGAUAUACUUGUGUAUUGUAAUUCAGGUGACAAAGAAUGGAGAACGUAUAUGAUCGGCGGCGUAUACGAGCUUCUAUCGAUGUGUUACUUUAAAGGUAAAUUGUAUAUAAUGUGCAAUGGGGAUGAUCAUUUAGAGAUAGAUAUAGAACAUGGGUCUCAGCCUAGAAUUCUCUGUGUGAAUAAAUUCGCUGUUAGUUUCGAUUUCAGACAUGCAGCAAUAGGGGCAAUCUGUGGUUCUCAACAUAUUACAUAUUAUGUGGAGUCUUGGGACGGAAUUUUCAAGAUUGAUCAAGUUUUUAUUAGUAGAGGUGUUUAUGAAUAUUGUGUUACCAAUAUGGUGAUAUCAAAGUUGGAUUUCGAUUCAAUGGCUUGGGUGGAAGUUAAGAGUUUGGAUGAUCAUGUCUUUUUUCUAAACCGAACUACUAGACUGUCUUGCUCGGCCAAGGAGUUGGGUUUUACACGGGGUUAUGUGUAUUUUACACAACCUGAUGAGAUGAGCUUCUAUAAGUAUGACUUGGAAGAUAAAAGUAUUAUGCUUUCACUGCCAUGUCCAGAUCUACCAAAUCCAUGGUUCUCGCCCAACUGGCUCAUGAUUCCUACAACACUCAGGGUCGGUGGUAGAAGAAGAGUAACAAAAGAUAUGUUAUGUAACAAGGAUGAUGGAAGUCAUGUCUUGAGGGCAGUGGAAAACAGAAUAGAUUUAAAGUACGGUGAUAAGAAACUGGAUUAUCAAGAUGCAAGACAUUGGGUUUUACAGAAUGAUCACAUGGUGCAGUUGAUAUCUGAUUAUCUAACUCCGUUAGAUUACAUACAUUUCCGUGCAGUUUGUAGAAACUACCGAUCGAUAAUUCCAUUGGUGAAUCGCGGUAGAUCCUGUUCUACUAAGUGUUUAGAUGCCACCAGUCUGUCCCCGUGGAUGGUUUUCUCCAAGGAUAAUGAAGCGGUCUACAGUUUCAUAAACCCAAUGCAUAAUAAUGAGAAUUACCUCGUGAGCAUCCCUGAACUGUUACAAGGUUCAACAAUUCGCUAUUCGAAAGGAAGUUGGUUACUGAUGUCAAAAGGUCUCACUGGUGUGUUAUUCUACAAUCCCUUCACGAAAUACACCAUUAAACUUCCAGACUUACCAGAUGUUGAUACUGGUUAUUUGUUCCAAGGUAUCUGUUUCUCGUCCUUGCCGACAUCUUCAGAUUGCACUGUUUUUGCCAUUAGUAGUAACACGAUGGAUACAGUUUAUGUUAGUUGUAUUAAACGAGGAGACGAAAUGUGGACAUAUUCUAUCGUUGCUAGUGUUUAUUCACCUCCCAAUAGAAUAAACGUGAAAUUCGAGCCGGCUCUUAACAGUCCAAUUUUCUACAAUGGAAAUUUUUAUUGCUUGGAUAUGAAUGGAACUUUAGGAGUAUUCACAUUAGAGAAUGGCACAGAAUGGGAAGUUUUGUCAAUGAUACCUCGGCCUAACCUUGAUUUGAUAUAUACGAGUUACUUGGUGGAGUUCGAAGGACAACUUUUAUCUGUUCUUCUAGGGCAUUACGGAAAAUGGGUUCGGCUACUUAAAUUGGAUUUGGAUGAAAUGGUUUGGAUUGAAGUUGAACAUUUGGGACGGCAUAUGCUGUUUAUUAGCAGCACAUCUUGUAUCGCAACAAUUGCUCCGACUAGUGAAAUGGAGAACAAAAUCUACUUUCCUAGGUUGCAGAACGAAGGAAUUCUAUAUUACUCUCUCGAUUCCGGUAAAUAUCAUUCUCUUGGGAGUGAACAUUAUAGUAAAGAUUAUUGCAACUCGACUGAGAACUUAAGGUGCAGCUGGAUAGAACCUAAUUGGUCUGUGAUUACGCAGCCAAAUUUUGACUGGUCCUAGCAUUUAGAAAUACAUUGGGUAGAUUAUUUGCUUACUUCUGAGAGACAGUUUGAAUUCUUUAUUGUGUUUGUCUUUUCACUGGAGAGGGAUUUACUUUCAGUAAUUUUUUCAUGCCAUUUUAUUAGUUUGGCCUGUUUAAUCCACUUUUCUGCACUUCCACUGUCACUAUCUGAGCUAGCAGCCAUGUCUGACACCUCCAAUAAUAUUGUAUUCCAUAAUAAUAUACUGCACAGCCAAGCAGCCAUAUGUAACAAAUAUACAGUUAAUUA